GGGAGUUGGCACUGUCCCCUGGGUGAUGAAAGCCAAGGGGAAUGGAAAAUGCCAGGCCCGCCCUUACCCAGGAGUAUAAAGCCUUGCAUCCUUUUCUCACUCACCUAAGCACCUUUCUCUCCUCUCUGCCUGCUCACUCGCUCACUCACCUCCGUCCUUGGCACCAUGACUAGCCACCAGUUCACCUCCUCCAGCUCCAUGAAGGGCACCAGUGGCUUCGGUGGUGGCUGCAGCCGCGGGCCUUCCACCCUGGUCGGAGGCUCCUGCCGGGCCCCCAGCGCCUACGGGGGCCAGUCCUCCUCCCGCUACAACGCUGGGUGUGCCUACGGGCUGGGGGGCGGCUAUGGCGGCGGCUACAGCAGCAGCAGCAGCUUUGGUGGGGCCCUGGGUAGUGGCUUCAGUGGAGGAUAUGGCAGUGGCGUUGGCGCCGGCUACAGUGGUGGCUUCGGUGGGGGUUCGGGUGGUGGCUUUAGCUGGGGUGAUGGGCUCCUGGUGGGCAGUGAGAAGGUGACCAUGCAGAACCUCAACGACCGCCUGGCCUCCUACCUGGACAAGGUACGUGCCCUGGAGGAGGCCAACACUGACCUGGAGGUGAAGAUCCGCGACUGGUACCAGAAGCAACGGCCCACUGAGGUCAGGGACUACAGCCCCUACUUCAAGACCAUCGAGGACCUGAGGAACAAGAUCCUUGCAGCCACUGUGGACAACGCUAGUGUCGUGCUGCAGAUCGACAAUGCCCGUCUGGCCGCUGAUGACUUCCGCACCAAGUACGAGACGGAGCUGAACCUGCGCUUGAGCGUGGAGGCCGACAUCAACGGCCUACGCAGGGUGCUGGACGAGCUGACCCUGGCCAGAGCCGACCUGGAGAUGCAGAUCGAGAGCCUGAAGGAGGAGCUGGCCUACCUCCGGAAGAACCACGAGGAGGAAAUGAAUGCCCUGCGAGGCCAAGUGGGCGGGGAUGUCAACGUGGAGAUGGACGCCGCCCCCGGCGUGGACCUCAGCCGCAUCCUGAACGAGAUGCGCGACCAGUACGAGAAGAUGGCAGAGAAGAACCGCAAGGACGCCGAGGACUGGUUCUUCAGCAAGACGGAGGAACUGAACCACGAGGUGGCCGCCAACAGCGAGCUGGUGCAGAGCAGCAAGACCGAGAUCUCAGAGCUCCGGCGCACCCUGCAGAACCUGGAGAUCGAGCUGCAGUCCCAUUUCAGCAUGAAAGCAUCCCUGGAGAACAGCCUGGAGGAGACCAAAAGCCGCUACUGCCUGCAGCUGGGCCAGAUCCAGGAGCUGAUCAGCAACAUGGAGGAACAGCUGGCCCAGCUGCGCUGCGAGAUGGAACAACAGAACCAGGAGUACAAGAUCCUGCUGGACGUGAAGACGCGGCUGGAGCAGGAGAUCAGCACCUACCGCCGCCUGCUGGAGGGCGAGGACACCCACCUCUCCACCUCCCAGUUCUCCACUGGCUCUCAGUCAUCCAGAGAUGUGACCUCCUCCAGUCGUCAGAUUCGCACCAAAGUCUUGGAUGUGCACGAUGGCAAGGUGGUGUCCUCCCACGAGCAGGUCAUUCGCACCAAGAACUAAAGCUGUUCUGCACUGUUCAGGCCUAGAAAGCUCCCCAUGUGGACGCAGAUUUCACUGGGGGAAUCCCCUAUCCUGUCCCCCACCCCUCCACCACAAGCACUUCACACCUGAGCCCCGUUUCACCCUUGCCCCUCCCAGCAAUCAAUAAAGCUUCAUUAUCUGAGUUGCACAA